UAUCCGGCUUCCUGCAGCGGAGACACCCAUCAGAGAACCCAAGCACCAAGACAAAACAAAUAGUUGGUUCUGCUCAGAGAGGUCUUGGGAUUAUUUAAAGAUCUCCUCUCCUCGGAUUAGAAAGGCAAAGGUGCAGAGAGGGGGAUGGGAAAUAGCUCCGGAUGGAGCGGCCCAGCAGAGCGGAGGCGAAUGCUGUUUCUCUUCCUGCUCUCUUUGUUAGGCCAGGGGCUCUCCCAACCGAUCCGCUACGCUAUUCCCGAGGAGCUGGACAAUAGCGGAGGAGGCUCCCUGGUAGGGAACCUCGCCAAGGACCUGGGUUUUGGCGUAGGGGAUUUACCUACUCGGAACCUGCGGGUUAUUGCAGAGAAGAAAUUCUUUACCGUGCGCCCCGAAAAUGGGGACUUAUUUGUGAGCGACCGUAUAGACCGAGAGGAGAUUUGUGGCAAGAAGUCAACGUGUGUUCUGGAAUUUGAAAUGGUUGCUGAAAAGCCUUUCAACUUUUUUCAUGUAACCAUGCUGAUCCAGGAUAUUAACGACAACCCACCGACCGUUAGCGAAAAUAUCACUGAGCUGGAAAUCAGCGAACUGGCGAUCACUGGAGCCACCUUUGCCGUGGAAUCUGCUCAGGAUCCUGAUGUAGGUGUCAAUUCGCUGCAGCAGUACUACCUCAGCCCUGAUCCGCACUUCUUUUUAAUUCAGAAGGAGAACCUGGAUGGCAGUAGGUACCCAGAACUAGUACUGAAAGCACCCCUGGACAGGGAAGAGCAGCCGCAUCACCACCUGGUCCUCACAACUGUGGAUGGGGGCGAGCCCUCCAGAAGCUGUACCACCCAGAUCAGGGUAAUUGUCGCAGACACAAAUGAUAACCCCCCAGUAUUUACUCAGGACAUGUACAGGGUCGGUGUUGCAGAGAACCUGCCCGCUGGCUCCUUGGUAUUAAAAGUGAUGGCCACUGACUUGGAAGAGGGUGUUAAUGCCGAGAUCAUCUAUGCCUUCAUCAGUAUUGGUAAGGCAGUGAGACAAUUGUUCAAGCUGGACAGUAAAACGGUGGAACUCACCACUGUUGGAGAACUGGACUUUCAAGAGAGUGAUAGCUACACAAUUGGGGUGGAAACAAAGGAUGGUGGACAUCACACUACAUAUUGUAAAGUACAGAUAGAUAUUUCAGAUGAAAAUGACAAUGCCCUGGAGAUAACCCUGGCUUCUGAAUCCCAACAUAUACAAGAAGAUGCUGAGCUGGGGACUGCUAUUGCCCUGAUCAAAACAUAUGAUAUAGAUUCUGGAUUUAAUGGAGAAAUCCUAUGCCAACUAAAAGGAAAGUUUCCCUUUAAAAUCGUUCAAGAUACCAGAAACACAUACAGGUUGGUGACAGAUGGAGCCCUGGACCGGGAGCAGAUCCCAGAAUACAAUGUGACGAUCACAGCUACCGACAAAGGCAAUCCACCGCUCUCCUCCAGCAAGACCAUCACUCUGCACAUCAUUGAUGUCAACGACAACGUUCCAGUUUUCCACCAGGCCUCCUACACGGUGCAUGUAGCUGAGAACAACCCGCCUGGAGCCUCCAUUGCGCAUGUUAGCGCCUCGGAUCCCGACUUGAGACCUAACGGCCUUGUCUACUACUACAUCGUGGCCAGUGACCUGGAGCCGCGGGAGCUGUCGUCCUACGUGUCCGUGAGCGCGCAGAGCGGGGUGGUGUUCCCGCAGCGAGCCUUCGACCACGAGCAGCUGCGCGCCUUUGAGCUCACGGUGCAGGCCCGCGACCAGGGCUCGCCGGCGCUCAGCGCCAACGUAAGCCUGCGGGUGUUGGUGGGCGACCGCAACGACAAUGCACCGCGGGUGCUGUACCCAGCUCUGGGGCCCGACGGCUCUGCGCUCUUCGAUAUGGUGCCGCGCGCUGCAGAGCCUGGCUACCUGGUGACCAAGGUGGUGGCGGUGGACGCAGACUCGGGACCCAACGCCUGGCUGUCCUACCACAUUCAGCAGCCUAGCGAGCCCGAGCUGCUCAGCCUGGGGCUGCGCACCGGUGAGGUGCGCACGGCUCGUACCUUGGGCGACAGGGAGGCCGCCCGCCAGCGCCUGCUGGUCACUGUUUGUGAUGGAGGACAGCCGCCUCUUUCAGCCACCGUCACGCUGCGCCUAAUCUUCGCAGAUAGCUUGCCAGAGAUACAACCUGACCUUAGCGACCGUCCCACUCCCUCUGACCUUCAGGCAGUACUGUUUCACCUAGUAGUGGCGUUGGCCUUGAUCUCAGUGCUCUUCCUCCUCGCGGUGAUUCUGGCCAUCGCCCCGCCCCUGCGACGCUCUUCCAGACCCGCCACUGAGGGCUACUUUCAGCCUGGUCUCUACUCCAAGACUGUACCUGGAGUUCUCCCCAACUACAGUGAAAGGACUUUGCUUUAUUCCUACAGUCUGUGUGCUGCCUCACAUUCCUCAAACACCGAGUUUAAAUUUCUCAAUAUAAAGGCUGAAGAUGCUGCACCACAAGAUCUGCUAUGUGAUGAAGCGUCUUUGUUUGAAAGUAAUGACAAUCCAAAAAUGCCUUCUAAUUCAGGCAAUUUGCAAUAGGUGAGUUUCUUCAAACCUUUCCUUCCAUAA